ACAACUCCCUGAGUGCAGUUCUACUGGGAGUGGAGGUUGAAAAAGAAUAUACUAAAUAGACCUAAGACCCUGUUCCUGGUGAGGCUGUUCUAAAAAUCUCUUCCUUUGGACUGAUACAUGAGGCAAAGGAGCAAAAAAGAUUUCUGCUGUUGUCAGUUGGUGACAGUUAGUAGCGUGAUGCCCUGUGGCUAGUAAGCUGAAGGCAGUUGGAAGGAGCUGCAGGAACGUUCUGUUGUCACUAGUGGCUGCUGUCUGCAGAGGCGGGAGAAGACUUCCAGCUACCGAGGUCGGGGCUACCGCAGCCCGCAAGGGAGCGUAGGCGCGGAGCAUCGGCUCCUCUUGGUGUAGCUCUGAAUUUCAUUACAAAACUGAUAAAAGUCAUCAGAGUAUCCCGUCUUCACGAAUAAAAGAUGGGUGGCUUAUUUUCUCGAUGCAUGGCUAAACCUUCAACAGUGGAAGUUUUGGAAAAUAUAGAUAAGCAAAUCCAAGCAUUAGAAGAAUUUGGAGAGAAAAAUCAAAGAUUACAGAAACUAUGGGUUGGAAGGUUACUUCCCUAUUCCUCAGUUCUUUACCUGGUUACUUGCUUAGUGGUAUACUUGUGGUAUCUUCCAGAUGAAUUUACAGCAAGACUCACUAUGACCCUCCCAUUUUUUGCAUUUCCAUUGAUAAUAUGGACCAUAAAAAGAGUACUCAUUUUCUUCUUUUCCAAGAGAACAGAAAGAAAUAAUGAAGCACUGGAUGAUUUAAAAUCACAGAAGAAAAAAAUACUUGAAGUAAUGGAAAAAGAAACCUACAAGACUUCUAAAUUAAUUCUUAAAAGGUUUGAUCCAGACCCAAGGAAGGCAAAGGAGGUUGAGCCAAUAUCUUUAGGAGAAGCUGCAACUGCAAGGCCUGGACAAGAAAUCCGUCAGCGGACUACAACUCAAAGAAACCUUUCUCCAUCAAUACCAGGGAGUCCAAAUCAAGGAUCACCUUUACAAGUUCCAGGAUCUCCUGCCCCCCCAAAUGAUACUUUAGCUUCUGAUCUUGAAGCCUCUGAUCUAGUUUUUAUUCCAUGCUUCAGAGUGCUGGAGGAAAAGCCAUAAGAGUAGAGGAGGUCAUGCAUAAUAGGAUGAAAAGAGUAAAGGUUAGAAAGGAAAGGUAUGAGGGACAUUUGAAUUAAUGAAACCAUAAAUGUUUAUGUGCCAAGUUCUGAGCUAAAUUCUGAAGCUACAAAUACAAAACCAAAACAUUCUCUUCCCCCAAGGAGCUUACAUUCUAAAAAAAGAGAAUUUAUAAUGGAAAUAAGUUUUAAUACCUUAAUAUGAUAGUAAGAAUUUUUAUCUCCUUAAGACUAAGAUUAACUGAUAUUUGUCUUAAAUUCCAUUUUGUGAUUAAGUUGCUUAGAGUAAGAUAUUUUUCAAUAAUAAGCACUUGUGUGGUAUGAGAUAGUAACAUGUUCUUAAAUGAUUGAUAAAACAUAUGUGUAUCCUCUGAUAAGACAGAAUAUCAAUGAAAAGAUAUCAUAGGGGCAGCUAGGUGACUCAGUAGAUAGAGCCAGGACUGGAGAUGAGAGAUCCAGAGCUCAUAUCUGACUUCAAGAUACUUUCUAGCUGUGUGACCUUGUACAAGUCACUUAACUCCUAUUGCCUAGCCCUUACUGCUCUUCUGCCCUAGAACCAUAUUUUGUAUUAAUUCGUAGAAAAAAGUAAAGUUUAAAAAAGAUAUUAUAAGCAACUUUAAUAAUAGUUCAAAUAGUAAACUAGCAAUCAACAUGGAGACAUCUAUGGUUUAAAGUCAAAAGACCCACUGGAGACCAUAGGUAUCAAUUUGUUCCCAGGGCACAACUAGGAUUGGCUUUUCUGUCCUUCAUACUUGAAACUGAAGCAGCCUGUAUAAGCUUGACAGUGCUGAUUGACAGAGGCUUGACAGAUGACCACCUAAAAGGGGAGAACAUGGCAUCCAAUUGGGAGGAGAGGGAAUCUUGUUUUAAGCCUAAUAUGAAAGAAGUUUAUCAACCUCUAAGGGUCUGGUUAGUAAUAGUUUGUUUUAAAAGGAAAGUAUUGUUUACAUGCUUUGAUUAAUAAAGUUUGAUUGCAUGCUUCAAAA